AUGUCCAAUCCAUUUGAUCUUCUAGGUAACGACGUUGAGGACCCACAGGCCGCUAUUCCUCUGGCCACCAAGGAAGUUGUGAAGAAGAGCACUUCCUCCAAGAAGGCGGAUGUUCCACCACCAAGUGCCGACCCAGCCAAGGCUAGAAAGAACAAGGGCAAGUUGAGUGGCAACGAGGGUGCUAUCAGAGACAAGAAGGCUGGCCGUGACAACAACAGGGCCCGCGACGUUGGCUCCUCUGCCACUGCCAGAAGAAACAACGACAGAAAGAUGACCGACCGUCACUCCAGAACCGGCAAGACCGACUCCCAGAAGAAGAUCAACCAGGCCUGGGGUGACAACGACCGCGAGUUGACUGUCGAGGAGCAAGCCAAGCGCGACGCCGAGUCCGAGUUGGCCGAGGACGCCGAGGCCCCAGAGACCCAGCCAGCCGGCCCACAGAAGAUGUCCCUUGCCGACUACAUGAACCAGGUCGACAACAACGACUUGAACAAGGUCCCAGAGGCCAGAAAGGUCGAGGAGACUUUGCAAGCCGAGGCAAAGAGCGACGUCCCAGACUACGCCCCAGCCACCAAGACCAAGGCCGUCAAGUCCAAGCAAUUGAAGACCAAGGAGUUCUUGCAAUUCGACGCCACCUUCUCUGACAACAACAGAGACAACAGAGACAGCAACAGAAGAGGCGGUUUCAGAGGUAACUCCCGUGGUGGCCGUGGUGGUAACCGUGGCGGUAACCGUGGUGGUAAGAGCAACAGCUCCCGUGGUGGUAAGAACACCGCUGAAGUCAACAAGAAGAUCGACACUUCUUCCUUGCCAUCUUUGAUCUAA